AUGCUAGCUCAGGAGCUGCACGCAGCGAAGGACCUCAGGCUGGUGAGGAGGUCGAUUGAACCUCCUGCAGAAGACGAGGUGCAGAUUGCAAUGAGAGCAACUACGCUCUGCGGUUCUGAUCUACACUAUUUCACGCAUUUUGCCAAUGGAGACUUUAAAAUAAAAGAGCCUCUAUCUCCAGGUCACGAAUGUUCUGGUGUGAUUGUUGCUGUUGGCGCGGUUGUCGAGAAGAACCGUGACCUCAAAGUUGGCGAUAGAGUUGCGGUAGAGGUUGGCGUGCCGUGCGGCGAUUGUGAUCGUUGCGUAGAGGGCACGUACAACGUCUGCUCAAAGCUUAGGUUUCGAAGUAGUGCGACGGUUUUCCCUCACUAUCAAGGCACGCUGCAGCAGCGAUUCAAUCAUCCGGCGCAGUGGGUUCACAAAUUGCCCGAAACUAUAUCAUUCGCGGAGGGUGCUCUUCUUGAGCCAUUAGCUGUUGCCAUUCAUGCUGUACGUAAAGCAGGCGCGAAGAAGGGCGCCAGCUGCCUGGUCGUUGGAGCGGGUGCCGUGGGACUUCUCUGCGCUGCCGUUGCCAGGAGAUUCGGGUACCGAUAUAUCGUGCUGGCCGAUAUUGUUCAAAACAGACUCGACUUUGCGCUCUUCCAUGGCUUUGCAGACGCGGCUGUAAAACUUCCAGUUCGGAGGUCUCGUACCACCGAGGAAGGUCUGGCCUUUGCAAAAGAAGACGCAGAGACCCUAAGUCAGCAGAACGGCGACAAGGCAUUCGACAGGACAUUUGAGUGUACAGGCGUCGAAUCUUGUGUGAGAACCUCGAUAUAUGCCACUCGCAACGGGGGCAAGAUACUCUUGGUCGGUAUGGGAACACCGGUCCAGACACUACCUAUAUCGGCCGCAGCACUGCGCGAAGUUGACAUUAUCGGUGUCUGGCGUUAUGCAAACUGCUAUCCCCGGGGCAUAGAAUUGAUGGAACAUGCAGGGCGGGACGGCAUUCCGGACCUGAAGAAGCUCAUCACGCAUUCUUUCCAAGGCUUAGAGGAGGCUGGUGCUGCCUUUGACAUGGCCGCAAAGACUUGUGAUGAGGAGGGUAGAUUAGUGAUAAAGGUAGUACUAGAAAAUGCCGAGUAA